GCGGGCGCGGCGCGGCGCGGCGGGGCGGGGCGGCGGGUCCGGCGGCCGUCGGAAGCUGCCCGCCGCGGGGCUCCGGCGGCCGCGGAUGGGAGGCGGCGCCCGGGCGGGCGAGCGACGGCGCCGCGGCCACCAUGGGGAACAAGCAGACCAUCUUCACGGAAGAGCAGCUGGACAACUACCAGGACUGCACCUUCUUCAAUAAGAAGGACAUCCUCAAGCUCCAUGCGCGGUUCUAUGAGCUGGCCCCCAACCUCGUCCCGAUGGACUACAGGAAGAGCCCCAUUGUCCACGUGCCCAUGAGCCUCAUCAUCCAGAUGCCGGAGCUCCGGGAGAAUCCCUUCAAGGAAAGGAUCGUGGAGGCUUUCUCUGAGGAUGGUGAGGGGAACCUCACCUUCAAUGACUUUGUUGACAUGUUUUCUGUGCUCUGUGAGUCGGCUCCCCGCGAGCUCAAGGCCAGCUACGCCUUCAAGAUCUACGACUUCAACACAGACAACUUCAUCUGCAAGGAGGACCUGGAGCUGACACUGGCCCGGCUCACCAAGUCGGAGCUGGACGAGGAUGAGGUGGUGCUGGUGUGCGACAAGGUCAUCGAGGAGGCUGAUCUCGACGGUGACGGCAAGCUGGGCUUCGCGGACUUUGAGGACAUGAUUGCCAAGGCCCCGGACUUCCUCAGCACUUUCCACAUCCGGAUCUGAGGACAGUGACCAGAAGCCGACCAUCCAGCCCGGUGCCCACACGAGUGUGACCUCCAAGCUCCCCAGGAGCGGAGCUGUGGCCUCUGGGGUUUACACCCACGAACACUUCUUUGGCCCUUUCAGCAAAAAAAAAAAAAAAAAAAUCCUUAACAAGGGAAGGGGGGAUGUGAGGAGCAGGGCCCUUCCCAGUCCCCCUGUGGGCCUUCCACAGGCCCUCCCUCUGUUCCCCCACCUUCCCUACUCCCCGGUCCUCUCCCCAUCAGAAAUGGCCCCAGUGGGAGGGGAGGAGGAACCCCUAACAGGGCUGGGGUGCUGACUUGUCCAAGUGCUGGGCAGGCACCCUCGUUGCCCAGGGCAAAUGGAAAAACAAAAAUAGGACAAGGUUUAACAAGCUAUGCAAUCUUUCUCUAGAACUCACAGCCGGGCUGCACCCCGGGCCCAUCUGUUCCUUCUCCCCAGCCCUUCCCAAUGUGAAGCUGUGUGAACCGUGGGUGCAAGGACUUGGUCCCCAUCCCUGUCCACGUCCUGACCACCACCCCAUCCGCCCUCCCUGAUGAUGUGGAAUCCUCAGUGGUGUGUGCUGUCCACAGAUUUGUGAACUCCUGAUAGUAAAACACUUUCAUGUUC